CACACGAAUAAUCAGCGUUCCAAUGUAUACGUAUAUUGCGCAUGGCGGGGACGUACUGUAUCAUGUUUACAUUGUGUCAACACAUUAUUGGUCCACUGAACUAGCACUGAAAUUGUUUACCAACAUUGCUUGCUAUGAGCAAAAACUGUGCAGAUUUUCCUAAAAGCAAAUAUUUUAACUAAUUUUAUUGCUGUAGAACCAAUUCGAAACAGUAGUUCACCAUUUAGACAGCGUUAAUAAUUAUUCAUACACACAAUUUGUUACCGUAAAAAGAUCAUUAUGGCGGAUUACUGGAAAUCUAACGAGCGAAAAUAUUGCGAUUUUUGCAAGUGCUGGAUAGCGGAUAACAAAUCCAGCGUACAAUUUCACGAAAAUGGGAAGCGACAUCAGAUGAACGUACAGAAGCGAAUUUCUGAGAUUAGCCAUAAUAGUUACAAAGCUCAACAAGAGCAAAACAAGAUAGACGCAGAUUUAAAGAAGAUGAAUGACGCGGCUAUGAAAGCGUACAUGCUAGAUAUCAGCGCGGGUGCCGACAUUAGCUCGCGAGAGUUAUACGAGAAGCAAAAGCUUGAACAAGUAACCGAAAAUACCGAUCAGAUCGGGCCAUGUGCUGGGCCGUCUGCAAGCAGCUCUGCGACAUCUGAUUGCAGACGAUCGAAGACAAAAAAGGGUCGUGAAGCCGAUCCGUUGUACAUGCCAGGUGUUGAUAGUGACGACGAUCCAGAAUCAGCCAAGGGAAAAGCGAUGGCAAAGAAGCGACGGUUAGAGGAAGUUGCGAAAAUAGACAAUGGAUCGAUGUGGGUGGAAGCUGAAAAUGAUGAAGGGUUUCCUUACUAUUGGAACGUGAAAACUGGGGAAUCCGUUUGGGAAGCUCCAAAGGAAGGUUACAUGAAAAAGGACGAAUAUGAAAAUUUGUCUAAAAUCGCAUGGCAAAAACAAAAGGAAAAUGCUGCUAUCGAGGCAAAGUACGAGUUAGAAAAUGCGGACGAAAUCGCCGCACGACUUCGACGCGAAAAUAUGGCUCAAAUUUUCAAGCACAAUAGAAAAAUCAAAGAAGAAAUCGAGAAAAAGGUGGAUCACGGACGCGAAGCAGCUACCAAUGCCGAAAUUGAAAGGUCGAUAAAUCCGUACGGACGCUGGGAAUCAGUCGAAGUCAAAAAAGAACAACCGAUAGAUUUACAACUACCAGCGGCACCAGCUCCUUUGUACGUUCCAAGUGUACUCCCAGAAAAACCCGAACCCAAAUUUAAAGAAAAAGUGAUCGAUCACGUACCACCAGAGACAAAAGCAACCACAAGCGACACAUUUACAAAGAAACGAAAAAUUCAACGACAAUCCCGGCAACGUUUAGACACGGACUAACCAGAUUCCUAGAACAGCUUGAAUAAAAAAAAAACACACGAUUGUCUCCUUCGCACACUA